AGUAGAACGCAAAAGCUUUGCUCCUAUUCAACGCUGAAAUUAGAACGUUUAGAAAAUAUAUAGAGCCAUGACGCAGGUGUUCAUAAAUGGUGCUAGAGACGAUGCCAAUGUCCGGCUGCACGACAGCUUAGAUGCUUCCAUACAGGAGCUGAUCAGGGCCGCAGCGGAAGCGCGAAAUCAUGCCUAUUGUCCAUAUAGUAACUUUGCCGUGGGCGCUGCGAUACGCACCAGCGAUGGGGCCAUCUACACUGGGUGCAACAUUGAGAAUGGCGCCUAUGCUGCCAGCAUAUGCGCAGAAAGAACUGCCGCAGUGAAGGCCUUAAGCGAAGGCAAACGCGAGUUUGUGGCCUGCGCCGUGGUGGCAGAGCAGAAUAACGGCUUCACAACGCCCUGCGGUGUGUGUCGUCAGUUUCUGUCCGAGUUUGCCGUCAAUGGCAAGGAUAUACCACUGUAUGCAGCCAAGCCAACCAAUUUGCCGCUCCGUGUGCUGUGUACCAGCGUGCUGGAACUGCUGCCCAAUAGCUUCCGGUUUCUCAAUGGCAAAUAAGGCGCACCAUUCGUCUUAUACUAUGUGAAAUACAACGUGUGAAUACCCCUCAUUUAACCAAGUGCAAUUGUAAAACUACCCCGCUUUGUUAACACAUACACAUGUGCAGAUAACAUUUAUAUUUCCUACUCACCCAUUUG